UGGUAUCAAAACAGGGUCCGUCUCACCCGAAGUUGGGGCUCUCCAAAAUCAAAAUUGCCCACGCACCAGAUGCUAAACACUGGGCGUGAAGUGGGGUGUUAAAGAAUGACAAAAGUCCCACAUCGAUGGUUAAUGAGAUAAGUGAACUCUUUAUAAGAUUUAGACAAUCCUCCUCCCUUUGAGCGCUUUUGCCUUAUAAGGUUUAAACAAUCCUCCUCCCGUUGACCCCUUUCCUUUAUAGAAGGUACUAGUACUGUUGAUACUUUUCCCCCCAACACAAGUCUCCCAAUUAGUAUUUUACUAGACUUAUGCACCCAAUUGUUUAAUCACAAUUCACAAACUACUGAAGAGUGAACAUCCAUACUUCAUUUACAAAGGUAUCUCUUUCUCUUACUUACACACACAUUCACUUUCCAUACUGCUUCCUGUCAAGCCACUAAAGCGAGAGCUUUAAGGAGGAAAUUGAGAUUUUUGACCUUUUUAGUUAAAAGGAUGAGGUCUCCUACAUUUAUAGUUUAGAUUGUAUUUAGGCGACUAAUUUUAUUGAGUGUUUGAUAGGAAAUGGAUGAGAUGAAGCGAGCAGCUCAAAAUGGGGAUAUUAAUGCUUUUUACGGAAUAAUUGAAGAAAAUCCAUCAAUUCUUAAAGAGAUUGACGCGUUAGAAUUUGUAGAAACCCCUUUGCACACAGCUGCAGCUUGUGGGAACACUGCUUUUGCCAUUGAAAUGUUGAGCUUAAUGCCUAGUUUCGGAAGGAAGCUGGACCCCAGGGGAUAUAGCCCUGAGUAAUGGACAGGUAGACACUGUGAAGGUACUCAUAAGAUAUGAUCCUAAACUCAUUCAAGUCAGAAGCAGGGAGAGGCUAACACCGCUGCACUAUGUAACUGCUCAAACUGACAAUGUUGAGCUUCUCGGCGAGUUUCUCCUUGCUUGCCCCACCGCAAUCAAGGAAGUGACCAUUCGAGGAGAAACAGCAGUGCAUCUCGCUGUGUUAAGUAACAAGUUGCCGGCUUUUAAAGUUCUAAUGGGUUGGCUCUACCGGACUAACAACAAAAGAAUAUUGGACUGGAAAGAUAACGAGGGAUCCACAGUGUUGCACAUUGCUGUAGAAACAAGUCAAGUUGAGGUUGUGAAGAUUUUAGCAAAGGAACAAGCGUAUGUUAAUGCUACGAAUCGGUAUGAUAAGACAGCUCUUGAUAUUGUUGAGGAUCAAAUAACAUUUUCAGCUUCGAAUGAUAAUCCGAACCAAGUUUAUGUAAAAAUUAAGAAAAUAUUGGAUAAGGUUGGUGCCAUGACGACAUCAGAACUUCCUAAGAAGUUUACAAUGGCGGAUCUUCUUCAAGAUAUUCCACAUUUCACUGACCUCACCAACGUAAUCAGAUCACAUGCAGCAGCAAUUGUGGAUUCACGUAAAGGAUUAACAGAGGAUGCGCGAAAUGCAUACCUGAUAGUUACUACUUUGCUUGUAACGGCUAGUUUUCAAGCUGUUCUCAGUCCUCCAGGUGGCGGUUGGGAAACGAAAGACGACGACACUAAUAACAAUAAUAAGACCUCUCUGGUUAUGCCUGCCAAGACAACCAAUUCCUCAAUCCACAAACAUUCAUUUCCAAGCGUAAGGGGACCAAAAAAAGGUCUUUUUUACCCAUUUUUAAUAAUGAAUUCCAUUACUUUUGCUCUUGCUGUUGCUCUGACUUUUGCCCUGCUGCCCUUCCAUGUUGAAAACACUGCAUUGUUGCUAUGGUCACUUGUGUCUCUCAUGGUCACCUAUUCAAUGUCUGUUAUACUCAUAUCGCCAAAUCACAACGGCGAGUGGGUUAUCGCCGCUGCAUGUUCAUUUGCUGCACUAUUCGGAGUUCAUGGAUUUUUUAUUUUUUCCAAGCUUACACAAGUUGCAGGAUCAAUGUGGAUACCAAUACCCUGUGUUGCCAAUUUUAUUCGCCGGACAUGUACUAGAUGUCUUGAAAGAUAUCGCAUGGAAAGGAAAGUGCGUCUAAGCAAAUACAAUUCCUGAUUUCAGAUCAUCGCCAACAAUUACUCUUUUGUGUCUCAAAAAUAAUACCUACAGUUUUCUCUUCAGUUCAAAAUAUGUUUCCUGUGACUUUGUUUUUCUUCAAGUUUUCUUUCACUGGAUUUAUAUAGAGGUACAUUUAAUACUGGAUUUAUGUCUCAUUUACGACACAUAUCUCUCUAGUUGUUCAUUGUUGGUAGAUAUUAUUCAUGUGCACAUGAUCAAAUGGAUGUAGUUUGCUAUAAACACCAGGUGCGGAUAUCAUUUUCACAAAGUGAACCAUUCAUUAAACGAACAUCAUUCAAACACAAAAGGUUCCUGAUUGAAUUCUACACCUGACCAUUCUCAAUUACAGAACAAUUUUCCAACUGCUUCAACCUAAAACAAGAGCAUACACAUAAUUUGAUAUAUAAA